AUGCGUAGUAUUUUUACAAAUAAAGUUACAAAUCACCCCUUGUAUGAAUAUUUGGUUCUUUAUAAUUACAGUAUCCUCAUUAAAUCUACCGACAAGUUGAUAUCAGGGCAACGAGUUGGAAACCAAAAGAGAAAUUGUAGAGGAUAUUUUGAUUGA